AAGGGGCUCUUCAUGAUCUUCUGCUUGAUGAGCCUCACUGCUCUCGCUGGUGCCUGGUGCGGGACCUCGCUGCUCUUUUGGCGGCUGCAUGGAAAGAAUGCACCACAGGUCAGUGGGACAGGAAAGUCCUGCCAGGGAGCACUGCAGGCGAUGGGUGGGUGGGUGAAUCGCCUGGUCCUCCGGUGCCAGGCAGUGACGCAAAGCAGCAGCAGCAGCUUCUACUGUGCCUUCCUAGAGCUGCCAGCUCGGGGAAGCCCCGGCUGCUGCGGGACUCCACCGAUAUCCUUUCCCUUCCAGGAGCAGCCUGCAGCUGACCUGAGUUCACUGGGGAACGCACCUGAUUUGUGGAAAGGACAAGCUGAAGAGAUGCAGCGGCUGAGGGAUGAGGUGACACGUCUGGCUGCAGAAAUCCGCUCUAUAAACAAGGAAGUUCAGCAAAUGAGAGUGGCAGUAUCUGAGCCCGUGGAGGUGCCUGACUGGGCUCUCAAAAGCACAGGGACUGCCAUCGACCUGCAGAGAUCAUCCAGCACCUCUGCAUGGCUCAGAAGGGUGUUUUGGUCCCUGUUUAGCCAAACCUUUGAGGAUACCUUUGUGCAGCCUGAUGCUUCCCCAGGGUACUGCUGGCCUAUGCAACAGACUCAGAGCGAAGUGCUAAUCCGACUGCCCACAGAAAUACAACCAACGGCCAUCACCUUACAGUGCUGCUCAGAGAUAGCCACUCCACUGGUGACUGUCAGUAGUGCACCCAAGGAUUUCACUGUCUCUGGACUGGAUGAGGCAGGCCAUGGUGAAACUCUGCUGGGGUCUUUCCUCUACAGCGUGCAGAAAGGGCCAACUCAGACCUUCCCUCUGCAGAAUGGCAUCCCCAGAGCCUUUCGACUUCUCAAACUCGGCAUACAGAACAACUGGGGUAAACCAACAAACACCUGCCUUUAUCGAGUGCAGGUGCAUGGGAAGAUGGUGGAGACAAAUGUGAUUGGAAAGACUCAUGAGGAGACCUUCCCUCGAUAAGAAUUAAAGAGGAAAAUGGAGGAACA